UUUUACUUUUUGUCGUAUCUUCUUCUUUAGAAAACUUGUCCUUUUAUUUUCGGUUUUACAAACAAACUAAUCAUUUAUUCACUAAAACUAAGUAAAAUCCCAAAAUGGAGCACAAGAUAAUACUGAAAUGCCGCACUUGCUUGGAGGAUAAUGAAGAGGAAAGUAUGUUUGAGUUAUUUAUGGAAAAUGACACCGAAGCUAACGAGCCAUUACAAAAAUUAAGGCUCAGUAAAAAAAUCGAGAACUGCUGUGGCGUGCGGAUUCGACCGUCAUCUGAUAUGCCAUCAAAAAUAUGUUGGAAAUGUUUUGAAAUGACAAGAAUGUGGUAUAACUUUCGUCAAAUGUGUUUGAAUUCUCAGCUUUACUUAGAGAGUUUGUGUGAGGAUCGAAUACGUCCAGAAGGCACUGAUGAUGUAGAAUUUUUAGAGUACCUGAUGGAAGAAUUACAAGUACACCGUGACAAAGUACAUGAAUCUGCCGAUGCUAUAGAAUCUGGUUCCGAUGAUGAUGACGAUGAUGACCUUGGAUUACUUGUAGAUGAAGAAGACGAUGGUGUGUAUAUAGAAUCAGAAAAUGAUUUAGACCGUUGCAUCAAAGAAGAACCACAACUUGGUGACGACAAAAGCAAUGUUGAGACGCCAAAUAAAAUGCUCAACAAUCCAACAACAACUGAAGCUAAUGUUGACAAAAGUCCGGAAACUGAAAAACAGCGAAAUGUAACGAAAUUAAAAAAGCGUAUGUAUCGUCCACCUAGCCCCACAUGUUAUAUGUGCUCCAUUUGCGGCAACGUUUACAACAAGAAAGCUACUUUUGUGUACCACAUGUCCCUGCACAACAACGUCAAACCACAUGAGUGCGAGCUCUGUGGCAAAUCAUUUCGCCAAAUAUGUGAGUUAAAGAAUCACAUGCGACGGCAUACCGGCGAAAAGCCCUACAAGUGUUCGUACUGUGAUCGCCACUUCAUAGAUCGUAGUGAGAAACAUCGGCACGAGCGUGUGCAUACAAACACGCGUCCAUAUAUUUGUAGCGUUUGCGGCAAAAGUUUCAUGUACUCCGCCAUACUAAAGAACCACUCCAAACUGCACACCGGUAAAAAGGAUUUCAAUUGUAUGGUUUGUCAAAAAGCAUUUACACUUCAGCAUCAGCUAAAGGCCCAUUUACAAACUUUGACCCAUAAACAAAAAGAGGCGCAUUAUAUUUCUGCGGGCUACGAGGUCGUUUAUGAGUAGAUCACAAGCUAUUGGCUGGCGGAGAGGUCACUUCUAUUUGUAUAACACAUAAAUGCUACUUGCGUACUUCAGCUACGAAAAAAUGUACAUACAAGGUGCGUACGGUGUUUGAGGACAACUUGAGAGUAAAACUAAUUAGCUUUUAGUUUGAUCAAAAUGUAAUGAAACUUCACGAAUUUUUUACACUACAUUAACUUAUUAUAUAUCUAUAAAAUCAUUGAAUAAAAUUUCCAUUAACUGCAAUAACCGGCUUGAUCCGGGUCCGAAAACGAUUGCAUGUCCGAAACAAAUGCU